GGCGGCGCUCCCUCCGUAUUUGUAGUUGAUCUGGAGGGAACACUAAUACCUUCAUCAGCAGUGCGACCACCUCCUUGAAAGUGGUGAUAGUUGAGAGGUAAGGUCACUGGGAUUGAUUGAUUGAUUGAUUGAUUGAUUGGUUGAUUGAUUGAUUGAUUGAUUGAUUGGAUUGAUUGAUUGGAUUGAUUGAUUGGAUUGAUCGAUUGAUUGAGUGAGUGAGUGAGUGAGUGAUUGUCAGAAAUCAGGUUGUUGUUGAUGAUGAUGGAGGAGGAGGAGGUGAAUUUGGAGAGCAUUCCGGGCUACGAGGCGAUACUUCUUAUGGUGUUCGAGCACCUAGCAGAUGCUCGCGACCUUGUGAAUGCGUCGAUGGUGUGUAGGAAAUGGCAACAGCUUGCGAAUCAGGCAAGGCAGCAUCUGAAGCUGCAGUGGGGGUCUUUGUUUGUCCAGGAGCGUCCUGAGCGCACAUUGCAGGUCCUCCUUGAAAGGUGGCCGUACUUGCGAUCGGUUGAGCUGGAUGCAAGCUGGAAGCCACCCACGUGCGGGUUCAAUUUCUCCGGCGAGUCGCUCACCCUCGUUGCGAACCACUGUCGCCAGACGCUGCAGGAAAUCGUCCUCGUCGCGUGCGCUGAGAUCGACAUUGCGUCAUUGAACGACUUGCUGGGAAUGUGCCAGAACCUUCGGAAGGUGCAGUUGUACAAAAUGGAUUUGCGGCAGACACGCUUGUGUCACUGCGAACACGUUCACUGUUGUCGCUGCUCCAUCGACGACCAGCUGUGGGAAUCCAUAGCCCAGCUGCGAUGCCUCACCCACCUGAGCUUAGAGCGCUGUAGAGGACGAAUCACAGCGCAACAGCUGGGCAGGCUGUGGGCAGCCCGUUCGAUGCAGCUUCAGUCUCUGGCCUUAGAUGUCACCAUGCUGGAUGCAGACGAUCAACUGCCGUCAUCUCCCGAUGCGCUCGGCAUGCCGCCUGCUCCCCCGCUCUCCCUGCCAGCUGCGCAUUCCUCCCCGCCUCGGUUCCCACUCACUGCAACGCCAUCGUCGUCGUCGUCGUCGUCGUCGUCAUCAUCAGCAGGAUUAUGGCCGCUGAAUGCAAGCCCAUCGCCGUCCGAGUCCCUGGGACCACACUUGGGUCAGAUGACGACUUCCCUUUCGCCGAGGACAACCGGCGGCUGGACGGGAACGGGAACGGGGAUGAUCGGACAACCAAGGGAUUCGAUGUUAAGCUCGUUGGCGUGUCACAAUUUGGUUCAGCGGGGGAGCAGAACUGCGAUACAGACGGCAAGAAGUUCCUUGGAGACAGUCAAAUGGCUUCGUUCUGACACUGGGGGAGACGCUAUGGCACUCAUGCGGAUGUUACAGACGUCUUAUCAUCUACAGGCCCUUCAUUUGUACAAUUGCACGCUCACGCGCACAAUGCUGUGCAGUAUGUUGAGGUCUGUGAGCGGUAGCUUGCGGCAUUUGCGAAUCGAUGCGUGCCGGCAUCACCACAUUCAGCCCUUCCAGUUCAUCCCUCUUCUUCCGUUUCCUGAAGUCGUUUGCCCACGAUUACAGCAGCUUGAGGUCUAUGGAACCCAAUGUGUUGGAUCGCUGGUGGAUAUCGCCGCCGCUUGCCCGGCGUUGACCAAGUUGGGUAUUACCGUUGACUUCCUCGUGCCCGUGUUGGUUCGCGAUCCUCCUACGUCGAACACCUGUGGCUUUGUGAGAUUGCUGAAAUCCCACCGGUCGCUUCGGGAGCUUGAAUUACUGCUUAACAACAGCCGCGCGUUUCAGAACUGGUUUCUGCUGCCAAACGGGGAAGUGGCAGGUGAGUUAACAGGGUGUUUGACCCGAUUGCAGGUCGGUGCGCUUGGGUGGCGUGACGCGAGACUGGUGACAUUGGCACGUCUCAGUGCCUCAAGCCUUCGUGUGCUCGAUCUACGCGAUGCGGCAUGCAUCUGUGACGACGGGAGCAGCAGCAUACCUGUUUCCGUCUGUCGAAUCUUCAGUGUUUGUUUCGCCAAGCUGCAGGUCCUCAUACUCAGCCGAUUCCCAACUCCCUGCUGCAACGGUGCUGCCGACGAUGACGUCUUGGCCGCGCUCGGGCGCAACUGCCCGGCGCUCGAGGAGCUGACAAUAUCCUGCGUCACAGAUCCCAGCCGGAUCUCAGCGCAAGGGUUCGACAGCCUCGUCGGCGGCUGCCCAAGGCUUUCAUACGUAAGAAUCUGCGGGAUGGCCGAAGUGCUUCCGGCGGCCAUCUCUGCCCUCGGAGCCGGUUGCAAGCGCCUGAAGAGGCUUCAUCUUGCGGGUUUCCGUUUCACUGCUGCUUUGCUGGCCACCAUAGCCAUGGACUUCUCUGAACUUCUGGAAUUGGCCCUCUUCUUUGCCACCAUCCAGGUCAACGAACUGGUCGACGGCUUGAGGGUGAUAAAUAAAGGUUGCCAGAAACUAAGGGGGGUCACUGUGGAGGGCUUUCUGGAAUGGAAGGGGCAUAAUCCCCUUCGACAACUAAUAAAUGAAUCUUUCCCACACGACCGCAACAUCGUCCUCCGUACCCUGCUCACAACUCUGAUGGUCUGAAAACGGGAAUCUCCUUUUCUAAAGCUUCUUGUUGCGUGACCAUCAGUGACCAACUGUAAUCGUCAGCCAUCAUUGGGUUCGGUCUGAGGGCGCAGCGAUCACGUAUGGCACUCUCUCUUUCUUUUCUUUCUUUCUUGUUUUUAUUAUACAAUAAACUGGGCCCUCUCUCUCUCUUUCUUUUCUUCGAGCCUGAAUCGGACUAAGUGCGCCUGAGUCCAAUUAAGAUCUCCACAUCUCAGCACAUCCAGGUUGAGAGAGGGGGAAGGGUGGCGGACUGGUGCAGAGGGGGAUUGACGCGAGAGAGCCACAGGGGUGACAGGAGGCGGGCUAUGUUGACCGAUGGCCUUUUGGCCAAAAUGGGGGUAUUGGGAUCUGGUCUGAAUCUUAUUCACAGCUUAUCCACAUCAAGGUUAUGUUAUCGGUUCCAAAGGCAAGCCAGGUUCGGUCCCGACAGGCACGUCGGCGUCACGGAAAAGAAGAGUAAAGUGUGCAAUAGUAG